AUGUCAACAAGUCUCUGGUAUUAUUGCAAUCUCAUUGACCACAAUGAGGCUCUAGACGUGGUUCCUGUUGUUCAAAGUCGUCAAAGUGCCGUUCAGAUAGACACGAAAACUUUGAGGCCGACAGUAUCGUUGGUGUUGGAAGCUGUAGUGGGCGACGAGCUGGCCGUCGGAAGAUCAACGUACGUGUUAUCAGCUUUUAUUGCUGCUAUAUCAUUGGAGGAGGAACGAGCUGGUAUCGAGCACGUUGGGACUGAGUUGGGCAAUGUGAGAGCUGUAGAAGCUGUUGUUGCAAAGACGGUGACUCACCUUAAUACAGUCAAAGAAGAGAUCCAAGAGAAUAUGAAUGAGGUGCCAGCAAUGGUGGAGACUGCGCACAAUGCUAUUGGGGAGCUCACACGUGUCGAUGUUGCUGCAACUGAAGAGAAAAAGCUCGUAUUAAGAGGUGAUGUAGCUCAGGAUCCUGUCGCUCUGGAAGAAGUAGUGCCUCAAGCUGUUGCUGCUGACAUCGUAGCUCCUACACCAGAAGGGACAGAUCUUGAUAAGAUCGAGGACAUGAUGCCUGGUGUGAUUGCAGAGUCCAAGACAAAAUUUUCGAUUGACAAGGAUUUGAUUUCGGAAGGCAAAGAGACUUCUGCAAGAGUUGCAAAACAGAGUGUUGAAGCUGAUUGCGUGGAUGAGCGUAUUGAUGCUGCAUCUGUGGAAAAGACUGCGCAAGCCAGUGAAACAAUUGAUGCGUCUCCGACAGUGGAGGUGAAAGCAGCAAACACUGCCACCGAUAACGAGCUGGAUCCUGAACUGCAGUCAGAGAAAGCGGAGGUGCUCGCAAUUGGGACAGUCCAAGAAGCGCCAGCUCCAAAGAUGAAUGAGACGCUUGACUCCGAGAUUGAAGAGACAAUGGUCAUUGAUCCAGACGUUGCAGCAAAGGAGGCUGCUGAAAGCGAGUCACAAACUUCUUCGUUCAGUUUCAUCCCCGAACAAAUUCGCAACAACAGCUAUGCAAUCUCUUCAGUAGCGGUCGCUCUCGCUACAGCAAUAACAGCGACCCUGGUGGCACGCAGGUAA